CUGAAUUUUCCAAAAACACUCUUGCUUCGAAAUGUUGUUUUGAUAAAACAAACUUGAAAUGCCAAAAAUGUUACUGAUCUAUGCACGAAGAUGAAUCAAAAUGAUAACCAAUGGAGAAGGUGGCGCUGUACGACAUGGAAAUUUCACAAAUUAUUACGAAUUCAAUUCAGCAGAGGAACGUUUAAAGUUGCUACCAAACAAUGUUUGGACGAAUUGCACUGAAAAACACGAGAAUUCACCUUAUUUGGUACUCGAUGUUGGUUGUAAUUCAGGUGUGCUGACGCAGCUUUUGUGGCAAUAUCUUUCUAAUUGCACAGGACGAAAUGUGUACAUACUAGGUAUUGAUAUGGAUAGUACACUUAUCGAACGGGCAGUGACGCAAAAUAAGCAUCCACAAUAUGUCAGGUAUUCAACAUUGGAUGUAAUGGAAGAAUCAGCAGAACACAACAUUAAUGAGUAUUUACAGUCACACAAGCGAAAGAAAUUUGAUGCAAUUUGUUGUUUUGCUGUAACAAUGUGGAUACAUAUAAAUCAUCAUGAUAUUGGGUUGAAAAAUUUUCUGCAAAAUUUAUCCAAACUGACUGAAUUGUUUGUUGUAGAACCUCAACCUUGGAAGUGUUACCAAACAGCGGAAAGGCGUUUGAAAAAAAUUAAAAACCAAACAUUUCCAUUAUUUUUGGAAUUAAAGUGGCGAACGCAUAUAGAGCAAGAAAUUGAAAAUUUUAUUGUUGCUAAUUUAGGCAGACAAAAAGUGUACGAAUCUAGUUUAACCAAAUGGAGAAGAAAAAUUUGCUUUUAUAGAUAAUAGGCAUAUUUAAAUCGAAAAUUUAUAAAAAUCUCCAGAUAAAUUUAGUUAUCAGUAUUAGCUAAGUUUAUAACAUUGAUAUGAUGUAAAUCACAA